AUGUCUCGUGGCGGUACCACUCUCUACGUCACUGGCUUCAGCCACGGCACUCGUGCCCGCGACCUCGCCUACGAAUUCGAACGCUAUGGCAGGCUCGUCCGUUGCGACAUCCCUGCGCCUCGUUCUGCCUCAAGCAGGCUGUUCGCGUUUGUGGAGUACGAGGACCGUCGAGAUGCCGAUGAUGCCUACCACGACAUGCAUAACAAGCGGAUCGGACGUGACGACAUCUUGAAGAUCGAGUGGGCCCGUACUCCUCCUUCUGCAUCCUGGCGCUUCGAUUCUGGCCGUGACCGCGACCGUCGCCCUCCGCGCUCUCCUCGUCGCCGGACACCCAGCCCCCGGCGCACUCGCGACUACUCUCCUCGCAAGGAUGACCGUCGUGAGCGUGACCGUUACGACGAGCGCGAUCGCCGUGACACACGCGACCGCUCGCGAUCUCCGGACCGCCGUGACCGCGACGAUCGGGAGCGGGAUGAUAGGGACGACCGCGAUCGCCGUGAGAACGGCGCGAAUGGCGAUGACCGGAAGCCCCUGGACAGCCCACCUCCCGUUCAUGACGACCUCGACACCGCGGAGUAG